CUUGGACCAGUUUUGGACCAUCACACCCACAAAGUCUGACCUUAUUUAAGUCAAUAAGUUUAUAAACCAGUCUUUCUGAUUUCUUUCUUCCUUGCUCAAGCACGAUACAGACUCCCAUUUCCAGUGGCUUGAUUCUGCCACUAGGACACACCUUCAAAUUGUCACUAGCGAAUGGCUGUCCCUCACAUUGGGUGUGUCCACCACUUCCUGUGGCAGUCCAGUGCCACCCACCCCUCCUCCCUUACCCAACCACCUACAAUACAAAUGCCUCCAAUCCCCUGCGCCACUUGUGAAAAGGGUUACCCCACCGCAAAACCUUUCCUCCCCUUUUUUCAGCCAUGGACCAAUCACUUCAGAGUCCUCAAAUGUUUCACAUGAACUUAUUUACAGAGAUAAACCAACAGACAUAGAUGUAAAAGAAACUUUCAGUUUACCCAUGAAAUGGAUCACAGACUGUAAUCAGGAGCUGUUAAGAACUAAACGAAAGGAGCAUGAUGGCAAAAAGCUCUUAGAAGAUAUGUAUGUAAAGGAGCACAGCUUGAAACAAAGCUAUGACCCAUCUAGGCCAAUAAGCGAACAUGACCCAUAUGGUGAGCUUACGCUGACGUUUCUAAAAAAUCAACUCCAUAAUGAACUUCAAUGCAGAUUGACCAAUCGAUCGAAAAACAUACCUAUUCAAGAUGUAUUACCUGAUAUCAGUUCAAGCCACAAAUCAGAAAAUAAAUUGGAUAAACAUCAUGAUAUCUGUGAGAAAAAGGCUGAGGAGUUGCUGUCAGUCAUUUUGAAUGAGAAAACAGAGUUUUACAGUCCAGUAGCUGCACUAAAAUGGGAGGAGCUUCCGGAGUUGUACAUACAGGAAGAGGAUGAUGAAACAGUCAGCAGAUCAGCCUUGGAGGCUGUUUCAAAAAAAGAGGCUGACUCCUCCUCCAUCACUCCAUCUCUCCCCUUCUCCUCCUCCCCCACCCCUCUGUCCUCCACUAGCUUUUCUCCUCCACAAAUUGAAUCAUCUUCCCCUGGUGUUCACUGUUGUCCACCGUCUUUUUCCAAACCUUUUCAAUGUUCUAUUUCUUCACCUCUUCCUUUGGUGCCCUAUUCCUCCUCUAUCCUCCAAGCCUCAGUUGUUUCUUCCCCUUCAGACACUCCUCUCCCUCCCUCUCUCUCCACUCCUCUUUCUCUUCCUCUGUCUCCUCCAAACUCCCCAAUCCCUCUUCCUCCUCCUUCAGCGACUCUUAACGUUAAUCCUUCUUCGGGCUCUUCUAUGCCUUACAAUUAUCAAUACAUUUCAUCUCCUCCUCCAUCUCCUCCUCCUCCCUCAUUUCCGCAAGCACUUCUUUCUUCUGUUGUUCCUCAGCUAUCCUCUCCUACUUCCACUCCUAUUUUCUCAAAUAUCCCCUCCUCCCACUCUCCUUCUCCUCCCUCCUCUCCUCAUUUCUCGCCAAUCCCACCAUCUCCUCCUUCAUCUCCUAUUCCAUCUUUCCAUCCACCCCUUUAUUCUUCCUGCCAGCCUCUUCUGCCAACUAUUCCAGCCUCGCCACCCUCCACUCCUUCUCCUCCUCCAUCUUCUUCAGACCGCAUCCCAUCUCCUAAAAUUCCACCUUCUCCUCCCAGUUCUCCUACACUCCUUUCCUCACAUCCUCCCUCCUCUGUACCUGUAGUCUACACUCAGCCCUCACCAUCCACCCCCCCAUCCUCUACAUCUAUUUCUCCUCUCUCCCCACGUUCACAACCUCGGUCUCCUAAGAUUAAGACAGUUUAUAGGCAGGAAGUGGUGGUUGAGGGUAAACCACCACGUAGCCCCAUUUCCACCAGGAGGCGCUGUUUAUCUCCCUGUUUAUCACCCAGUAGAGCACGAAGGGUAGGAUGGAGUGUGCUGUGACACUAGCACCAGUGCAGACUGGCAAAUGAACCCCGUUCUAAUCUCUUUUAUAGCCCUCCGGUCGCAUCAUGGGUGGAUUUCCUCAAUGUGUGUAUUGUAACAACAGGUUCUGUGAUGACGACUCAUAGAAUGACAUCAUGUGCCUGGAUUUGGCAUGAUAUUCUGACGCGUUAAAGUGUUACAUACACACUAUAGUGAGUGACACUUUCCACUCUUUUUCUCUAUC